UAGAUCGAUUGGUGAUGCCUGGUACUGGAUUUCCCGCGAAAGAAACGCAAUUUCUCGCGGUCGAGAGAAGCUGGGACAAGUGCACACAUUCAGUAUACACAUUGGUACCUCUGACUCAUUGUUCACAGACUUUGGUGUUUUCUGUCCAACACGAUGGGAAUACACGGACUCGCCAAGUUGAUUGCGGAUCAGGCCCCUGGAGCCAUCAAAGAGCAAGACAUCAAGAACUACUUUGGCAGGAAGAUUGCCAUAGAUGCCUCCAUGUGUAUGUACCAGUUCCUGAUAGCUGUGCGACAGGACGGGAAUGUUCUUCAGAACGAGGACGGAGAGACGACGAGCCACCUGAUGGGAAUGUUCUACCGGACAAUCCGCAUGCUGGAACAUGGCAUUAAACCUGUUUAUGUGUUUGACGGCAAGCCCCCACAGCUCAAGUCAGCAGAGCUGGAAAAGAGAGGGGAGAAGAGGGCAGAAGCUGAGAAGAUGCUUGCUCAAGCACAGGAAAUGGGAGAACAAGAGAACAUUGAAAAAUUCACCAAGCGUCUGGUCAAAGUCACCAAGCAGCAUAAUGACGAGUGCAAGAAGCUGCUGAGCCUGAUGGGAGUGCCUUACAUUGAGGCUCCAUGUGAGGCUGAGGCCAGCUGUGCAGCUCUGGUUAAAGCAGGGAAGGUCUUUGCUACGGCAACAGAAGACAUGGACGGGCUGACCUUCGGGACAAAUGUUCUCCUCAGACACCUAACGGCCAGUGAAGCAAAGAAACUUCCUAUCCAAGAGUUUCACUUCAGUCGCAUGCUGCAGGAUAUCGGUCUGACCAAUGAACAGUUUAUAGACCUAUGUAUUCUGCUGGGCUGUGACUACUGUGCCACCAUUAAGGGAAUCGGCCCGAAGAGAGCCAUCGACCUGAUCAAACAGCACGGAACCAUCGAGGAAAUCCUAGAAAACAUAGACCCCAAAAAGCACCCUGCCCCAGAGGACUGGCUGUACAAAGAGGCCAGGGGGUUAUUUUUGAAGCCAGAAGUGGUCGAUUGUUCUACGUUGGAGUUGAAGUGGGGUGAGCCGGAUGAGGAAGGACUUAUCCAGUUCAUGUGUAGUGAGAAACAGUUCAGUGAGGAGAGGAUGCGUAACGGCUGUAAGAAGAUUGUAAAGAGCCGUCAGGGCAGCACACAAGGACGACUGGACUCUUUCUUCUCCGUCACUGGAUCUCUGUCCUCCAAACGAAAGGAACCUGAGGUUAAAGGAUCGGCAAAAAAGAAGCAGAAGACUGGAGCCACGCCAGGCAAAUUCAGGAAAGGAAAAUAGAUCGAUCCCAGAGCUCGAUCGGCUCCUUUAAAAAGUGAUGUUUGUUAAAUGAACCACAAACUAGAUAAAGAGUAAAGAAGAAAACAUCGAGCUCCCAGUGUGAGAAGAGGAAGCUGCUGCCCAUUUACACAACGUGAGGUUGUGUUUAAUGAUUUGUCUAGAUUUACAACUCGAUUUACAUGGCCACAUAUGAUGUUAAAAAGAAAAGCAAGUCUGUUUUAACAAGUGUUAAAGGGUUUAGAAAUGUGUUGUUUCUGUUACAGAAUAAAAAAAAUCAUUAUCUGUAGAA